CUGCCGCGGGGGUUCCGGUGGCUGCGGACGUGGCCGGCUCGGCUCCGCGCGCACUGCCGCUGCGCCUGCCCUGCGGUGGUGGAGGAUGAGGCGGCGCCGCGGCGGGCGAGGUGGGCCCCGCGGCUCCUGACCCGGCGCCAUGGAGGAGAAGUACAGCGGGCAGGCGCUGGCGGGCGGCGGCCUCCUGGGGCCCGUGGACGUGCCCAGCGCCCGGCUGCCGCGCUACAUGGUGCUGCUCUGUGCCGCCAAGUUCCUGAAGGCGCUGGGGCUGUUUGAGUCGUACGACCUACUGCAGGCGGUGCACCUCGGGCCCUUCCUCUUCAUCGUCCAGCUCGGGUCUGCAUUUUUUAUGGUUUUGUUUCAAAAGCCAUUUUCUACAGGAAAAACUGUAACCAAGCACCAGUGGAUCAGAAUUGUUAAACAUGCGGUUGCUGGCUGUAUCAUUUCACUCUUAUGGUUUUUUGGCCUCACUCUCUGUGGACCACUAAGGACAUUGUUACUGUUUGAACAUAGUGACAUCAUUGUGCUCUCACUGCUUAGUGUACUGUUCACAAAUUCAGGAGGAGGACCAACAAAGACAAGAGGUGCUGUAUUUUUCAUCAUUGCUGUAGUCUGCUUAUUGCUUUUUGAUAAUGACGAUCUCAUGGCUAAAAUUGCAGAACAUCCUGAAGGACAUCAUGACAGCGUUCUUACCCAUGUUCUUUAUACAAUCAUUGCUUUCUUAGGAGUUGCAGAUCACAAGGGAGGAGUGCUGCUUUUGGUAUUGGCAUUGUGCUGUAAGGUUGGCUUUCACAUGGCUUCCCGAAAGCUGUCUGUAGAUGUAGGAGGAGCCAAGCGUCUUCAAGCUUUGUCACAUCUUGUUUCUGUCAUUCUUUUGUGUCCAUGGGUCAUCGUCCUAUCUCUGACAACUGAGAGCAAAGUAGAAUCCUGGUCCUCUCUCAUCAUGCCUUUCAUAACGGUUAUCUUUUUUGUUGUGAUCUUGGACUUUUAUGUGGAGUCCAUCUGUUCUGUCAAGAUGGAAGCUUCCAAGUGUGCCCGUUAUGGAUCCUUUCUCAUUUUGAUUAGCGCUCUACUGUUUGGCAACUUCUGGACACACCCAAUAACAGAUCAGCUUCGAGCUAUGAACAGACCGGCUCACCGAGAAAGCACAGAGCAUGUUCUCUCUGGAGGAGUGGUAGUGAGUGCUGUUUUCUUCAUUUUAUCUGCCAAUAUCCUGUCCUCCCCCUCCAGGAAAGGGCAGAAAGGCACUCUUAUUGGCUAUUCUCCGGAAGGCACUCCUCUGUACAAUUUUAUGGGUGAUGCGUUACAACAUAGCUCUCAGUCUCUACCACGCUUUAUUAAAGAAUCACUAAAACAAAUCCUGGAGGAGUCUGAUUCUAGACAGAUCUUCUAUUUCUUGUGCCUAAAUCUGGCUUUUACUUUUGUGGAGCUAUUCUAUGGAGUGUGGACCAAUAGCCUUGGACUGAUCUCAGAUGGCUUUCAUAUGCUUUUUGAUUGUUCUGCUUUAGUGAUGGGGCUUUUUGCGGCUCUGAUGAGUAGAUGGAAAGCAACCCGUAUAUUUUCUUAUGGGUAUGGCCGGGUAGAAAUUCUCUCUGGAUUUAUUAAUGGCCUUUUUCUAAUGGUAAUAGCUUUCUUUGUGUUCAUGGAGUCAGUGACCAGACUGUUAGAUCCUCCAGACAUAGAUACAAACAUGUUAACUCCAGUCUCAGUUGGAGGGCUGAUUGUAAACCUUGUUGGUAUCUGUGCCUUUAGCCACGCCCACAGCCAUGGGGCUUCUCGAGGAGGCUGUCAGUCACAUGAUCACAGCCAUUCACACCAUGGCCAUGGACAUGGUCACAGUCAUGGACAUGGUCAUUCCCAUAACGACCAUGGGCACAAUCACAGUCAUGGACAUACCCAUGGAGGAGGCAUGAAUGCGAAUAUGAGAGGUGUGUUUCUACAUGUGUUGGCAGACACCCUUGGUAGUGUUGGCGUGAUUGUAUCCACAAUAUUUAUUCAGCAGUUUGGAUGGCUGAUUGCCGAUCCACUCUGCUCCCUUUUUAUUGCUACGUUAAUUUUUCUCAGUGUUAUCCCACUGUUAAAAGAUGCCUGUCAAGUACUAUUGUUGAGGCUACCUCCAGAACAUGAGAAGGAUCUGCAUAUUGCUUUAGAAAAGAUCCAGAAAAUAGAUGGUGUCAUAUCUUACAGAGAUCCUCAUUUUUGGUGUCACUCUGCUAGCGUUGUGGCAGGUACUAUACAUGUACAGGUGAUGUCAGAUGUGAUGGAACAGAGGAUUAUACAGCAGGUAACAGCAAUUCUGAAAGAUGCUGGAGUGAACAAUCUAACUGUGCAGGUGGAGAAGGAAGCUUAUUUUCAACACAUGUCUGGCCUCAGUACAGGGUUUCAUGAUGUUCUUGCAAUGACACAACAAAUGGAAUCCAUGAAAUACUACAAAGAUGGCACUUAUAUCAUGUGAUAUGGCAUCAUGUUCACUAAUGGGAUGUAAAGAAUUUAAACUGUAGGGUUCAAUAUUUGUAUUAUUUUGUCAGGGCAAUUUGCACAUACAUGUACAGAAACAAAUGUACUAUAUAUAUAUGAUUUUUUUAAAGUUUUAGUAUCUUUAAAAUUGGAUCAAGAUGCUCUUUUUAAAGGAAAUAAGAUGGACUAGAACACUUCCUGUAUAUGUGGAAAUAAUGGAAAUCUGAAAUACUUUGUGGUGUUUAUUAAACAGAAAUCUUACUCCGUGUGUGGAUGAGCACAGCUAUAUUUUAUAUACAUUCUUCUUAAAGUGGAGCACGAACAUUUUUUUUCCAGGUCAAAAUCCACAGGAGAUGAGAAUCAUGUAGGUUGCAGUAGAAGCCAGAUCAGCUCCAAACUGCACUUUUUCCCCUAAAACAUCUUUGAAGACUCUCCUUGUAUGUGACAGUGUAUACAUUAUUAUGAAAAAUACAAAUUAAACUGAAUAUGGAGUCUCACUUUUUCCAGGGUUUGUUAGGUACAGAUAGAAAUAUAUAAUUUUAUAUUUAUUCAGUCUCUGUAUAUAAAACUAAUUUCUAAACAUAAUUUUACUACAUCAAAGCAAGUAAAUGCUACCAUUUUAAAUUUAUAUCAAAGUAACUGAUUUUUAUAAGGAAUAAGCCCCGUACUCCCGCACUACUUUGUGUUCUUGCUUAUUGGGGAGACUGAAAAGUCAAAUUGAACCACUGUGUAAAAUAAAUAUUUUAUACUUGUUUAUGAACAAUUGCAAGUGGAAAUCUUGUUCAAAGUGUAAAGUAUUUCAUCAUUGAAAAACAUCCUAAGCACUUCUUCCCCCAGUGAUGUUUUUCUCCAAAAAGCAGAAUAUUUCACUUGAUCUAUUAGUCAUCCUAUUGAGGGGAAAAGCCUGUAAUUCGUACAUAUGUUUUGUAUGUGUUUUUAUAACAUUAAAUAGAAAGAUAUAGAGUAUCUAGGUAUUGUGCCAAGGUACAUUACAUAAUUGAAAUCAAUGUGUAAGAAAAGUGCAUGGGAGAAGCAGCAGAAUAAGCUGUCAGUAAAGUGUUCACUGUCUGUAAACUGCUUGCUUCUCUUAGACGCUGUCUAAAUGCAGAGAAUAAAGAAAUUCAUGAUUCAGGAUCAGCAGUACUAGUUCAACUUGAACUCUUUUUAUAUUAAUGUAAAAAGUCACUUUUUCAAGCCAAAAAAAGGCUUGCCAUUAUGGGUGGUGCUAUCCUACAGCUGUCAUCUAGUUUAAAAAAAAAAAAGUGUAUCAUAGUGAUAUGUUAAUCCAGUUUGAGACUAUAUAUCCCUGUCACCCCACAUUUUCUUAGGUGAGUAAAGAUAGGGCUCUGGCCCAUACAAUCAUUAUAGGACUUUGCAGAUUCCUAAGAUACUGUGCAAACUGAAGUGCUUUGAGAUUUACUAAUUUAAAAAGACCCAUAAAAAUGGGCUGUCAAGGGAAGAAUGACAUUUAAGUGCAUAUGCAUGGUACAGAAGACAAAGCUAUUGUAUUGGGUCCUGCGUAGUUGAAACAAGCAUCCUUCAAACUGUUAAUUUUGCAAUCCCAUACUUAUGCUUUUCAUUUUCUUCUGUAAAAACACUUGACAUUCACCCUUCAGAUUUGGUAAUUGCUUAGUAGUUAAUAUAACUGAGUUGUUCCUUCUGCAUUAUUUUCAGUAUCUUUACUUUGGCCUGUUACUUUUUCUCUGUGUUUAGAGAAGCUAUCUGGAGUUUAACAGACAUUAAUUAGUAUUGGAAGAAUUUAGCACACAAUGACACUGCAGCAACUUCAGAUUGAGGAAAGAGCAUUUAAAAUCUCAUUUGGUAAAUGACAUAUUGUGCAAUCAGCUUACUAUACCUUCCAUAUUAAUUUCCAUUUUGUGUAUUUAAAAAAAAGAGUUCCAUGCCAUUUCUUUUUGUCUCAAUAGCACUGAAGUAGAUUAAGUUUUGCAGGCUUGAAACUGCUUUUACACGGUGUGCUUGAGGUCAGAAAAAGCUUUAAAAUUAUGCCACCUGACUCCAAGAGAUAAAUUUGACAUGACUGAAUAUACAUAAGAUCUUGAUCCUGAUAGUACUGGGGACCUAAUACAGUUCUGGAUAUAUUCUGGAUUUAUUUUUAUUUUUUUUAUUUCCUGGCUGUAUAGUAACAAAAUGACUCUGUUUCAGUUUUACAUGGUAUCAAUAGUAUAGGAGCGAGAAAACAUCCAAUCUGCAAAAGGGAUGGGACCUUCCUGCUUGCUUUUUUUCCAUUAGAAAUGUAUGCCUUGUUCAGUUUUUGGAAGGGUCUAAUUGAAGGAGCUAUAGCAUUGUGAUCAUGACUUUUGUAUAAACCUAACUUUAGGGGGAUUAUUGUGUUUUCAGACUAUUCAAGUUUUAUUUCAAACCACAUAUAUCAAGCCCCUUUUACACAGCAUGAUUACCUUGAAGAUUGUAGCACUGGAAACUAAGGGGACCAAACAUGAACAGGAAACAGUUACCCAAUAGUGCAUUUUUUCAGUCAAGUAAAUUCAACUAAAUCCAACACAACUGAAAAAUCACUCAAAGUUUAUUAAGGUGUUCUGGAUGUAUGUUUCAUGCCUUAAGCCAUAAUCAGGACAAACCCUAAAACAUACUAGGAUAUCAGAAGGCAUGUUAAUCAAGUAGCACAGACUUGUCACCUACAACAGGGCCUGCUAACUUGUUUGUUAGCCUGAGUCUUAACAAGCAUUGAGUUUCUCAGCUAAGUGUGUUUUAAUUAUGCUAGCCCAUAGCAUCAAGUCAGAGAUGCAUUAAGCAGAACCCAUAUUGUCAAAUUCACAAUUCAUAUAUUUUAACAAAGAAUGCAUAUUUCACUGUGAGAUCAAGAAUUACAUAAAAGGCAAUUAUUUGUAGCUUGAAAAAUUAAGUCCACUGAAUUAUAUUUUAUAAGUAUUUUGGUGUUCUUGUUCUAGUAAUCUGAUUUCUAUGCAGGUAGAUGCAAUGAAACACUGUUUUUAGGUGCAGUUUCAAGGAUGAAACUGGUUUAAUUUGUACAUUUAGCAGAAAGUAAUAUGUAUAUACCAUGCAGCAAAAAAAUAAAUUUAUUUUUCAUGAA